AAAUAAAUAAAUAAAUAAAUGUAUAAGGAAUAAAUUGACAGAGAGAGGAAUAAAGAAGAGUCGGGGCGUACACCACACGCCACGCGUCAACGUUAUAUCAUCCUCCAUACACAUCACCCCUCGCCCCCUUUGUAUAUAAAUAUUUGUAUCGAACCAGAGAGUAAAUGAAACUGCGCAGCGUCUUUUACCUCUCACUACAAAUCUCUCUGUAUUUCUUCUCAUUCUGCUCGUGUUUUCAUCUUCCCAGCAAGCAUCACCUGGGCUUCUGUACUCAACAACAAGAUCCGACAAUAAUGGCAACACUGGGUGGAAUCAAAGAUGCUUCAGCCUCUUCUCAGAACAGCGUCGAGUUGGAGAGUCUCGCUCGCUUCGCUGUCGAUCAACACAACAACAAAGAGAAUGCACUGUUGGAGUUUGCAAGGGUGGUGAAGGCGAAAGAACAAGUUGUUGCUGGUACAAUGCAUCAUCUUACUCUUGAGGUUACUGAGGCAGGGAAAAGGAAACUAUAUGAGGCAAAGAUCUGGGUCAAGCCAUGGAUGAAUUUUAAAGAACUGCAGGAGUUCAAGCAUGUUGAGGACUGCCCAUCAAUUACUCCUUCAGAUCUUGGUGUUAAGAAAGGUGAUCAUCCUGUGGGGUGGCAAUCAGUUCCAGUCCACGAUCCUGUGGUGCAGGAUGCUGCUGAUCAUGCUAUAAAGACCAUUCAGCAGAGGUCGAACUCGUUGGUUCCAUAUCAGCUUCAGGAGAUUGUACAUGCCAAUGUUGAGGUCAUAGAGGAAUCAGCAAAGUUUGAUAUCCUUUUGAAGGUUACCAGAGGUGAUAAAGAAGAGAAGUUCAAGGUUGAAGUGCAUAAGAGUGAUGAAGGAGCUUUCAAACUGAAUCACAUGGCUCCUCAUGAUGAAUGACUACCUCCUUAACAGAACCUACUAAUAUGUUAUAACUGUGUUAUCGUGUAUUUGAAGUCUGGGUAUGUUGAGGAUUAAUAAACAGUCAAUAAACAAGUCAGGUUCCUCGUAUGUGCAUAUGAGUUUCAGCUUUAACAUAUGUGCACGAGAGGUUCUGUAUUAGCAUGUGCACGAGAUUCGGUAUUAACAUAUGUGCACAUGAGUGUGUAAUUAUCCAAAAAAAAGAAAAGAAAAUCGCAGUGCCUUACUUCGCAAA